AUGCUUUGGGGCAACGAACGUGAGCGUGAAUAUGUGCGUGACCGACGGGGUGGAAGUGGGAGUAGUCGUCGUAGAAGUGCGUCCCCAAGCCCUGCACUUGAAAGAGAUAAGUAUAGUCCUAGUCCUCCACCAAGGAGCGAGCCUCCACCGAUGGGCGGGCAGCCUUUACCGGACUAUGAAAAAGACGAUACACACGAACGUAACCAUAGAGGCGACUCCGAACACUCCAGCUCGGUUACGAAUCAAGAAGAGCCCAAGUAUUCCGAAUCUCGUGAACGUGAACACGUCGGAUUCGCUCCUGGAACAAAGGAGCCUCCUCAAAUCCCUCAUGAGUAUGAUGAUAGGGAUAUUGAACGUGGCCCUGACCCGGGCCGACGUAUUUCUCCAGAGGAGCGGGCUUUUUCCACCGCCCUUUCCCGAUCUCUCUAUUCGCGAGAAAUAUAUGGCGAAUUCGACUACCCAUCUGGGGCCCUCCGCUAUUUAAGUGCAAUUGGGAUUAAGCCAAGCUCGGGAAGAACCAAAGUAGGAAAGGUGAAUUUGGCAGUGAUGAUGAGGAUGUACUUGAGCACCAUCAGACGAGAUCUUAUAAUUUUUGCCAGCAGGUGUGAGGAUAGACGUGACGCGUCACUCGAGCGUAUGGAUCACGACAGCAUGAUGGAGGCGGGAAAGUUAUUAGAAACUUACUGCGGCGCCAUCGAGAACUAUAAAAAAAUGUGUGAGUACCAGUUCGAGGGUGAAAACGACCCUUUUAUCCUGGAUUCUCAACACGGCCUCAACUUCCAAGCCAUGGUCGAUGCCGAGUUGAUACACAACAGCUCCAUUUCCACCUUCCAACCCCGCCGGAAUCGACCCUACGACGGUUCCCGCGGUGCCAAAAACAAACGAGAAGUCAUUUAUACCUUCUUCAUGGCGCUUUUAGGGGGUUCAGCACUUCUGGCUCCUAUGGUCCUGAUGACUCUUAAAAAGAGCCUUCACCUAACUGUCAUUACCGUCUGUGUUUCUGUCGUUAUUGUUUCCGGGGCAUUGGCGCUGUUUAGUCGUAAAUCCGCGUUUGAGAUUUUGGGAUUGACUGCUGCCUAUGCGGCUGUCCUUGUGGUGUUUCCGUGGAAGGGAUCUAGUGAGGUUGCUGCUAGGCUCGAGGCGGAAGCCAAAAUGCGCUACUCGAGUGGUGACGAUCUCAAAAAGAAGGAUAUGGGAUGUUCAAAUCACCAGCAUAAGCCUCAGCAUACGGAGGCAAGGCUCUACUCGGCCUCCAGCGUCCCUUUGUUCCGAUCUGUCGCUCGGUCUCAACAGAAUGACGAAGGCCGUGUGCAGCCAAGCAACACCCCACCUAAGUUCCAGCCCACCACUGCCGGCGCCGGCGCUGCUGCUGCUGUAUGUACUCGUGCUGUACAGCCCAUUUAUUCAUCAACAACACCACCAACCACAGCAGAACUGCCAGUGUCACCGUCAGCCGCCUUUUCGCUAGAACCAGAGCGUGCUGCAAAUAUGGUUAGCUUGGUGCAUUCCCAUCGACGGGCUUCCGCUGCAAGCAACCGGUCCUCAAUCGACGAUAGAAGCUCCCCCGGUACCCCAGACGAUGACACCACGGUCGUGGAGCCAGAUCAGGGCAAUGUUGCGGCCUGGUGCGGAUCUGAGUCGAGUGGUGCUGCCGACCUUUAUACUGGAGCCCAAAACUUCAUGGCACAUCCUGAGACGUUACUACCUAUGCCCGAGAUCGAUGACCCCGUACAGAGGUUUGUGUCUGUUGUCAAAUUCUACUUGAGUGGAUGGCACAUCAGACCGGCCGGCGUGAAGAAACCCCUCAACCCCAUUUUAGGAGAGCGGUAUACCUGCUACUGGGAGUUCCCAGAUAAUACCAAAGGCUACUACAUCUCUGAACAAACAUCACACCACCCUCCGAAAUCUAGCUACUUCUACAUGGCUCCCGAACACCACAUACGGAUCGAUGGGACUCUGAAACCACGGAGUAAAUUCCUGGGCAAUUCAGCGGCGAGCUUGAUGGAGGGAAUUGCAAUACUGCGAUUUCUGAAUAGGGGAGGCCCAAAAGGGGAGAGUUACAUCAUUUCUCAACCUAACAUGUAUGCUCGGGGCAUUUUGUUUGGGAAAAUGAAAUACGAGCUCGGUGAUCAUAGUUUUGUGCGGUGUCCCGAGCUAGGUCUGUCUGCAGAUGUGGAAUUCAAGACUAAGGGGUAUUUUGGUGGGACCUAUAAUGCUAUUGGCGGAACUAUCAAGAACGAUAAGACUGGGGAAAUUCUCUAUGAGCUUUCAGGGAUGUGGACAGGGGAGAUGUUUAUUAAGGAUAUGAGAACGGGGAAGAAAGAGUUGCUGUUCGAUGCUACACAUGCGAGACAUACACCGCCCAUGGUGCGUCCACUCGAGGAACAAGAUGAUCGCGAAUCGCAGAAAUUAUGGCGCAAGACUGCUGAAGCAGUUAAGCAACGCAACCAUGAGCUAGCCACGGAUGAGAAGACCAAGAUCGAGGACAUGCAAAGAGACGAGGCUGCUAGAAGAGCAGAAGAGGGCGUGGAAUGGACUCCAAAGCUUUUCAGACCAGUUAGAGGAGGUCCAGGCGGCCCAGAUGAAGGCGAGGAAGAUCUAGAUUGGAUCUUGAACGCUAAUAUUGAUGGCGACACGCCCGAAAAACAAACCCAGCAGAUUCUGGCAGUUGCCCCUAUUCUACGCGACCAAAACUACAACGAGAAGAACCCGAUACCUCAACACCAUCCCACUUCGCAAGCGCCCACAACAUCCCAAAUUACAGAGCCAACACCGGAUCUUUCAUCCAACGGGGACAGCAAUUUAAUAGACUUCGGCCAAAACGACGCUGCUCCGAAAGCACCUGUCGGUGCCUUCACCAGCCAACCCGACAAGAAAAUCAAAGAUGUCCUUCAGGCUACGAGCACAAUAUCAGCGCCGGAGACACCUCUGAUCCAUUUCCAAGACGAGAUGAAAAGAGAUCUCCCAGCUGUUGACCAAAGUGCCUUGGUCAGGAAAGACACUGAUACGCAUAGUAUAGAUGAGUUCGUCGAUGCUGAGGGAUAG